AUGUCAUCGGACGACACUAUUGUCGACGCGACCAUCGCCGAUUUGCAGAGAGCCCUUUCUUGCGGAAAAUUGACAUCAGUUGAGCUGGUUGCCAAGUAUCUCCUCCGCAUCAGUGCCUAUGACUGCAGAAACACUGCCCUCAACUCAAUUCCAUUGAUCAACGAGAAUGUGUUCGAAGAAGCAGCCGCUGCUGACGGUCGUCGUGCCGCCGGACAGGGCUAUAGCGCCCUUGAAGGAAUCCCGUUCACAGUCAAGGACAGCUACAAAGUUCGGGGAAUGACAGUGGCUAGCGGCUCUGAAGCUUUCGAAAACCUCAUCGCCAAUGAAGAUGCUUUCACCGUUAGAGCCCUGCGAGAAGCUGGCGCAGUCUUGCUAGGUCGAACGAACAUGUGCCCCAUGGCGUAUGGUGGAAUGCUUCGUGGGAUAUACGGUCGAGCUGAGAGCCCCUAUAACAAGGACUAUCUCCCUGCCGCUUUUGGAUCCGGGUCCUCGAAUGGGAGUGGCGUCUCUGUUACAGCAUCUUUUGCGGCCUUUGGUAUGGGCGAAGAGACGGUGUCAUCUGGUCGAUCUCCUGCUUCAAACAGCGCAUUAAUAGCUUACACCCCUUCGCGGGGAGUCAUAUCAAUCCGCGGCAAUUGGCCGCUGUAUCCAACUUGCGAUGUUGUUGUUCCUCAUACACGCACCAUGGACGACAUGUUUGUUCUGGUGGAUGUGCUUACCAGGCAGGAUCCCGAGACCGAUGGUGACUUUUGGAGAGAUCAACCUUUCAUCCAGCUUCCACAAUAUCCAUGGUAUGCGCCUUUGACUAUUGCUAGAAAUCCUGGAUAUCUGAAGGGAAAGCGAAUCGCAGUUCCGCAAAUAUACCUCAAGCAGCACGACGGCGGACCAUAUGUCUCUCGAGCGAUCGAACCGUUGUGGUGUCAGGCACGGGCGGACCUUGAAGCCACCGGUGCAAACGUCGAGAUCAUCCCAGACCUCCCAGUCUUUCGUAUAUACGAACAGAUGCUGCGCAAGCCCGACAAUCAAAAUGUACCAUCGUCUCUCCCCCAUCUCCCGGACGAUUGGAACGCCACCGAGCGGGGACUUCUCAUUGCUCAUGCCUGGGAAGAUUUCCUGCAGAACAACCACGAUCCCUUCGUCCAAUCUUUGACUCAGGUAGAUCCGACAAAGAUCUUUCCUCAAUUGCCGCGCGAUAAUCCUCAAGUCAAGUUUACUGAGCCAGCAAAUGCCGUCCAUUGGGCGAAGUUGGGCAGCUAUGUUGCCGAUCGUCCCAAGUCAACCAGACCGGGCAAUAGCGCCAUCUACGACGUUCCUCAUCUUGAGGAUGCUGUUAGCGCCCUUGAGCAUAUCCGAGUUCGAUUCUUCGAACGUUGGAUGUCGGAUCACAACUACGAUUUCGUUGCUUUUCCCGCCGCAGGCGAUGUUGCUCGUGCUGAUGCAGACGUUGACGACAAGAGUGCAAAACACGCUUGGACAGAUGGUGUCAAGUAUAGCCAUGGCAAUCGUGCAUUGCGGCACGUAGGCAUACCAAGUGUGACAGUGCCGAUGGGUAUCCUGGAGGACUCCAAGAUGCCUAUAGGCUUGACGAUCUUAAGUCAGGCUUAUAAUGAUUUCAACCUGCUUCAGGCAGGUUAUGCAUAUGAGCAAAGCAGCAAGAGGAGAGUUGUGCCGCCACUGACGCCGCCAUUACAAUCGGAUGAGAUACCGAAGCAAGAACGGGUAUUGCGGGAACCGCGACCAAAAUUGUCAAUCACAAAGUGCAAUACAACCCCAGCUCAAGAUGGCAACUUGAUCGUGUCAAUUGAAGGUGUGCUGUCUGCGGCAUUAGGAUUUGGGGGCGAUUUCAGCCCUAUCCUGGAAAUUUACGUCGAUGGCCAACGUGUCCCUGCGUCGUCGAUCUCAAUCAAACCCCUAGCAGCAACAGGCGGGGAUCCGGGCGUUUCAAGAUUUGUCUGUGAAUACCCAACUCCCCCACCACCAGUGCAAGACGAUCGCAACCGCGUUGUCGGCAAAGUCGCCAGAGACAGUACAAUGGUCAUGAUCGUCGCACAGGACGGCAAAGAUGGCUGGCCGUCGGGAUAUGUGAAACUGCUUUACAGUGAUAAAAGUUAG